GAGAAACAGACAUGGCUUCUAAAGAGACCACUGCCACUGGGUUCGUCAGCGUGAGCAAGGAUAUCACAGAAAGUAUCAGGAAGAUCAUCGACAAAUCAUCUAUCAAGUUUAUGUGUGGCAUUAAGCUUGACACCAAAAAUGGGAAAUCGGAGGACAGACUUCUGGUUCUCACAACAUGGCGUCUCUAUUUCAUGGCGCCAAAGAUUCCCACAAAGGUAGAAACAACCUUCAAUUUCUUGGAGAUCAGGGCUUUGAAUUCCCAUCCAGACCACCAGGUUAUCAUUGACACCGACAAAUCCAGCUUCUCCCUGAGGUUUGAGUGCAGGGAACAUCUCAACCAUGUGGUCAAUCAUAUCAACUACGCCCUGUCACGAAUAUUCAACAACUCCAUCUUUGCGCCGUCCAUCUGCCACUCAGACAGUGACCUUUCAGAGGGCUCCAAGAAGUACUCUCCCAGCUCUGAGACCUCAGUUGAGACCCAGAGGGCAUGUGGAGGUUUCUCGGAGACCUACGCCGCUCUGUGUGACUAUAAUGGCAUCAGCUGCAAGGAGGAAGUGCAGUGGGAUGUGGACACCAUAUAUCACUCCCAGGACAACCGCGAGUUUAACCUGCUGGACUUCAGCCACCUGGAGAGCAGGGAUUUGGCGGUGAUUGUAGCAUCAAUGGCCUACAAUACCUGGUUCACCAAACUCUACUGCAAAGACCUGCGUAUCGGCUCGGAGGUGGCAGAGCAGGUCCUACACACUGUCAGCAAAUCAUCCAGCCUCGAGGAGUUAACGCUGGAGAACGCAGGGCUCAAAUCAGAUUUCCCACAGAAGAUGUCAACAGCGCUAUCAGAAAACCCUGGUUCAGUCAUUCAUUCUCUUAAUCUAGCACACAACUCGCUCGACAACCAAGGUGUGUCCAACCUAAUCCAGCAGGUGUGCCGCCUCAGCAAAGGACUGCGCCUCCUCAACCUCUCCAAGACCUCUCUCACCUCCAAAGGAAUGGCGUCGCUGUCCCAGGCUCUGAGCUCCAGUGAUGAGUACUCAAACUCACUGCUGCACCUGGACCUGAGUAAGAACCCCGGGGUCCUGUCAGGAGAGGACUGCUCGAGCUUAUAUCUGUUUCUGUCUCAGCCCAACUGCCUGGUCCACUUGGAUCUGUCAGGCACAGAUUGCUGUGUGGACUCUCUCUUUGGGGCUCUGCUGAGGGGCUGCUGUGCUGAUCUCUCCUUUCUCAAUCUUUCCAAAAACUCUUUCUCUCACAGAAAAGUGAAGGACACGUUGCCACUUUUCCGACAGUUCUUUAGCUCAGCCUUUAGUUUGAAUCAUGUCAGCCUGUCGUCCAUGAAACUGCCCCCUGAUGUACUAAGGGCUCUACUAACUGGGUUAACCUCCAAUCCUCAUAUCAAUGACCUUCAUCUGGACAUUAGCAGCUGUGAGCUCAGGUCCGCAGGCGCCGCUGUGAUCCAGGAACUGUUCCCACGAGUCUCCUCGGUCGCUACUCUGGAUAUCUCAGACAACGGUCUGGAUGCGGACUUGCUCACAGUGCUGCCUGCUCUCUCCAGACACCCCUCACUCAAACACCUCCAUCUGGGCAAAAACUUCAAUAUCAAAAACAGGCUACUGGACGAGGUGCUACAGAAGUUAGUGCAGCUUAUACAAGAAGAAGACUGUGCCCUGCAGACUCUGUCCCUCACUGACUCAAGGCUGCGGUCUCGGGGCACAGUUCUGGUUAACGCUCUCGGCAGCAACACCUGUCUGAGGAAAGUGGAUCUUAGUGGGAACAACAUGGAUGACAUUGGAGCCAAGAUGUUGAGCAAAGCUUUACAAAUCAACACGACCCUCAGGAGUGUGACAUGGGAUCGCAACAACACCUCUGCAUCUGGCUUUCUCGACGUGGCCAGAGCGCUUGAACAUAAUUUCACCCUGCAGUACAUGCCUCUUCCUCUAAGUGACAUCAGCCAGUCUUAUCGCAGUGCCCCCGAGAGGACAGAGCAGGCACUUACCAAGAUUCAACGUGCUUUGGUGAGGAACAACCAAACCCAGCGCUUUUCCCAAAGACAGGCUCUGCGGCUGCACCAAGGCCUGGUCACGAGCACUGCUGAACAGGUGAUGGAGCGGUUGUGUGUGCGCGUCCAGCAGCAGGUGUGUAUGCUGCGAGGCGUUGGCGAGAUGGAGGAGCUUCAAGCUGCUAAACAAGUGCUAAAAGAGGCCAGGAACUCCCGCGCGUUGUAUCCAUCUCUGUGUGAGUUGGCGCAUGUACUGUCCGUGGAUGGGCCGGUGAGGCAAAGACUGGACUCUUUAGCGGGAGAACUGGCCAAAGCUGCAGACAAGGAGCUACAGGUGAUUGUGGACUCUAUGGUGUCUCUGUGCCAUGAACUGUGCCCUUUAUCAUCGACUGCGGCAGAAAGAUUGAGCCCCUCUUUGUCGUCUGUUUCUGAGCGAGUGUCCAUCCCUCGCUCCUCCAUCCGGACCGCCCUGAUGGAGAGAGCGGCCCAGGAUGUCCACAGGGCCCUGGAAGAAGUUAAACUCUCUGUGGUCUCCUAUCUCACCAACACCAUCGUGGACCAAAUUCUGCAGGAGCUCUACACCACACACAAGACGCUGAGUCGACAGGUGUCCCAUCUGAAGCGGUGGGACGGUGUCGGGGAGGAAGGGACGAGCUGGAGGUACAACAGACACCGAGACUCACUAGAUAUCACAGAUGAGGAGCUCUGUACCAGCAUAGACACAAUAGCCAUUAAGAAGCGCAGUUCACGAACAAGACGGAUACGUCCUGUCUCUACUAGACUGAGUUUGUGUGAUGACUCCAGCUCCUCUCCUCCACCCUCUGUGCCAUCGUACUCCUCUCCUCUGUCCCGCUCAGCCUCCUGGGAGGGUCUGUCGGAGUUACCUACACAGGGCCUGCCUCUGCAUCAUGUGACCAGAGUGCGCCCCAGGCCGCCACGAAAGCAUAAAGGAGCACACAUGCCAACUGAGAUUCACUGCAGUGAAAAUGGAGGAAUAAGCCCCCUGGAUGAUGGGAUCCCAGACUUCUAUACUAAGAGAGUCCUCCCUGACAGUCAGCUCUCUUCGCUGCACAAGGCUCACUCUCUCAGGAGGAAGAAGAGGAGGAAUAUGUUGGCCAUCUUCAACUUCAGGAAAAACCGCAGCCAAACUCAGCCGAGCCACGGUCCAGACGCAGAUGCAGAGUUUUUUGGUGACGGGGGUCACACUGUUGCCACGGCGCCCACAGGGACAGCCACAGAGAAUGUAUACACACUCCUUCAGCCGCCUAGAUCAGGAGGCAGAGCGGGCUCUCCUGGUGAAGGAGGUGAUGGGAAAAAAGCUGAUACUCAGAAGAAGAGCCCUCCUGUUCUGAGUCCACCACCAAUGUCAGGCUUUCCCCAUCCAGCAGGGGGCGGCAACAAGCAUCCCUUCUACUCACCCAGAGAGCCGCAAAAGUCCGAGUCUGAUUCGGUAUUUGAGCCUUCAGACGAGACAGACAAGUACUGGGCCGAUGACAAGCAGAGAACCUCCGAUGUGCUACAACAGACCGAAAAACCUCAAGAGAGACAAUGGUACGAAGACCGCACCCAGGAGAGUCCAGGAGACCCCAAAACCAUGGACCGGUACUGGACUGAGAGCAGACAGCCUGAUCGAGCUAUGGAGCGACAGUGGACCGUGGACAGACAUACACAACGUCAGAUCGACCGCAAGAUGGAGAGGCAGUUGGGACCAGGUGGGCGGCACAUAGACAGGUCCUGGUCUGAAUACAAGCCUGCAGAGGCCCAAACAGAGCAUCAGUGGAACGAAACAAGACAACACUCUAUAAGAAAACCAGACCGACCAGUCCAAACCCUGAAUCUGGCUCAGAGACCACUGCCUCCCUACCCCUCGGACCGCACGCCAUCACCCAAGCAGGACUCAGACUUAUACAGGGGGACAGAGGUAACAGCAGACUGGCUCCACGGCCCACAGGACCUCCAAGGGGACAGACUGGUGUGUUCCAGCACUGGAGGGGGGCAAGGGGAGAUCUGGAGGAACACCACAGGGGGAGGAGGUGGUCCCAAAAUCCCCAAACCAGAGCCUCCACCACAGAGCAGCAAACCAAACCUGUCCAAGCUGAGGCAAAGGUCCCGUCUGGAGAGUGCAGACACCAUACCAGGUGUAGAAGAAGAGGUAGAGCUGGAGAGGACAGAAAAGAAGGAGAAGAGAAAGGAUUCAGACAGUCUGCCUCCUCCCAUUCCUGAAAAGCCAAAGACGUCAGCAUAUGUGAUGAAGGCUUCAGACCACAGGCGCCAGUCAAACCACAGAGAAGCAGGAAGGCCAUGUCAUGUGACACAGAUAGUUUCAACUCAGCACCUGGUCCUGGCGAGCUGUUGUGAUGCCUCCGAUUUUUACCUCAUCUGGUCUGAGCGUUGCCAUGACAGCCGAGGAGCACUUCAAAUAAAAGCAGGAAGAAAAAAGAAUCAGUCGAGGAUGCAAAAACCAGAAGAGAUCAAGUCCUACACACAUCAUAAAACAUUCACCUCUCGCUUGUGUUCAGAUACGUUUUCAAAUUCUCACGUCUAUCACCUUUUACUGUCCCUGCUUUCUCUGUUGAAACUUUUUCGUGGCUUCUGUAUUUGCUAAUUUAGAAACCUCAAAAAUGAUCAUCGUCUCUGUGUGAGUGUGAGUGGAUGAGCCCAGUGCUAGACAGAAAAAGAUAUUUAUAACUAGAAUGUGAUUUGUAAAUCUGCAAUGCAUUUUUGACUGCUGAUAGUUGA